AUGGCCGACAAUGCUCAUCGUCCGCGUCCGCCGCCAAACCGCCGCAGAGACAAAGUCCAGCUUUCCUGCGAUCCAUGCAGACACCGAAAGCUAAAGUGUGACCGCCAGACACCUUGCGGAGCUUGCACAAAGCGUGGUGUAAUCAGCGCCUGCAAUUAUGCAGCAGCACCUUUUUCCACGGCUAGUGCUCCUCGACAUACCACGAACCUCCAUGGCAGGAUCUCAGAACUGGAAAGCCUUGUCGUGACCCUUAUGAAAGGCCAGUCGCUUCCAACUUCGCCCGCAACGAGAUCACCGAGACCAAACCCGUCAUUAGCGAAUGUACUCCCUGAGCUUGGAAGAUCAAAUGAACCCGAAGAUGACACUCCAUCUCCUGCAGACCCUGGCACUCUGAACUUGCGCGAGUCUGGGACCAGUUAUGUCCAGAGUGUGCAUUGGGAGUCUAUCCUUACGAAAAUACGAGGACUCAAGGAAGACUUGGUAACUGAUAGCAAACCUCCGCCGGGUUCGCACUUGUUCUACGGCCCGAAUCGUCAAGCGACUCGAGAUGAGAUACUUGCUGCUGUUCCUCCUCGUCCGGUUGUGGACCGCCUCCUGGCGCUUCACUUUGAUUCGUACAUUGUCACUCAAUAUCUCAUACAUGGCAAGAAAUUUCUCAAAGAAACCUUCACCGUAGACUCAAUCAACGGACGCGCCGACUCGCUCAGGGCGGAAUGCCUAACAAUGAAGGACGCCUUCCGGGAGAAAGCUGUCCAGUGUUUAGCACUGGCUAGAUAUACUACCGGGGGACCGUAUGUCCUGGAGACACUCAUUACAAUUCUUACUGGAGAGUUCGUGCUCUUGAAGGAGAGCGCUACCGAUGGUUGGGUUUUGAUCAGCAUGAUACUUCACAUUGCAAUGCGCAUGGGCUAUCACCGGGAUCCAGACCACUUCCCUGGAAUAUCACCAUUCGAGGGUGAGAUGCGUAGACGCAUCUGGACUGCAAUCCUUCAGCUAGACCUCGUUCUUUCUUUAGAGAUGGGUCUCCCUCGAAGUGCAACGAACACGCACAUUGAUACCAAACCGCCCCGAAAUCUGCUCGACAGCGAUUUCGACGAAGAGACGACCGACAUGCCUCCGCCGAGGCCAGAGACGGAAUGGACACCGAUACUUCCUCUGAUCGCGAGAGCUCGACUGAUAUCAGCUCUUGGCUUGAUUUGCGACGUCAACACAGAUAUCAGCCCUCCUUCUUACGACGAGAUCAUCAAGAUUGACGCACUCCUUGACGAUGUGCACAAGCGUGCUGUUCCGCCUUUGCUGCGUUGGGAGACUGUGCCACACCCAAUCACGGAUAGCCCAACUCUUGUGGUGCAGCGGGUCAGUGUAGAAACAACCUACUACAAGGCACGCAUCCUGCUGUAUCGGAGAGCCUUGAUCAGCUACCAGGGCCAACAGGCGAAAGAGCAAGAUAGGGAGUCGAUGCUUCACGAAGAGUCGCAACCACUAGGUCGUUUGUGUCAGCUGAGAUGGAAGAUCACCCACAUCUUCAAUCAAGAUGUUCUGCUAGCGACGAGUGUGCUUUGCCUCUAUCUCCAAGACGUCGACAAAUUUGAAGAGUCGCCUCCAAACACCCCAGAACAGACAGCGUGGACGUCAAGCAGAGCUGAAGAGAUCCGCCAGCGACUGACAACCUCGCACAAAAUUUGGCUUCAAAUGAGUGCUGCGUCUGCUGAAGCUGGGAAAGUCGCCAAGGCUCUGAGUAUCGUUCUUGGGAACACAGGAGCAUCUUCUGAAGACACUGGCGGGUCGACGGCUUCUUACGACUUCCUGGCGGAUUUUGAUGCCAUGCCUCUGAGUGACUUUGGCACGGUGUUCAGCAAUCAAUGUGAGGAUUGCUCACUCUGUUGUGCCCGAGGGCUCGCAGAUCUUCCAUCCGGCUUCUACUCUCCUCUGACGUUCUUCGACAACGUCUUGGAAACUCGAGGGACAUGA